GGCUCCGCCCGGCCCGCCUGGGCUCGGCACGGCUCCGCCCGGCCCGGCUCGGGCCGCCUGCAUGCGGCGGCGGCGGCGGCGGGGCUGCCGGGAGGGAUGAACGGCUCCUCGGCGGGGCUCCCGGCGGGGCUCGGCGGCUCGCUGGGGCUCCCGGCGGGGAUGAACGGCUCGCUGGGGCUCCCGGCGGGGAUGAACGGCUCGCUGGGAAUGCCGGCAGCGCCGAACGGCUCCUCGGCGGCGGCGGCGGGGCUGCUGGCGGGGGCCGGGGGCGCGGCGCUGGAGCUGGAGCGGGCGCUGCGCUGCUGCACCGCCGCCUCCGUGGUGACCGACGGCAGCGGCGCGGGCGCGGACGAGCGCAGCCUGUACAUCAUGCGCGUGGUGCAGAUCGCCGUCAUGUGCGUGCUGGCCCUCACCGUGGUGUUCGGCAUCUUCUUCCUCGGCUGCAACCUCCUCAUCAAGUCCGAGGGCAUGAUCAACUUUCUGGUCAAGGAGCGCCGCCCGUCCAAGGAGGUGGAGGCGGUGGUGGUGGGGCCGUACUGACCGCAGCGCUGAGCCCGGGGCCGCCCGCAGCGCUGCCGCGGACACGCGGGGCCGGCUCGGAGCUUUUCCUCCUGAAAAACACCGCGCGAGUGGAUGCCGGCAUGCCGGAGGUCGGGAGAUGUUCAGGGCGGCCGGAGCCGCCCAUCCCGGCCCAUCCCGGCCCAUCCCGGGCCGCUCCCGCCGCCCGCGGCUGCCGAAGUAAAGCGUGCUCUGAUGGCAA